UGUUGGACCUUGUGCAGGAAAACAUAUUUCCGUGAAACUUUAACUUCAAACAAUCAACAAAGAUCCAGGACGUGCGGAAGGAAAGCAGGACUGGAGGGAUUUCUCAGAGCAAACAUUUCUCGUGCUUUCUAUUUGUUAGGUGGUUUGAGUGAAAAUGUCUUUCAGUUCAGUGUUAAACUCUUUCAGUGUUUCCCUUUCUAAUGGUCUGAGGAUCCCCAUGCUCGGAUUGGGAACAUCUCAUCGGGGUGGAUACUGUCACGAAGCCGUCGUGUACGCCCUCAAGGACUGCGGCCUUCGCCACAUCGACACGGCGGAGCGCUACGGCUGCGAGGAGAAGCUGGGAGAGGCCAUCAGAGAGAGCGGCGUCCCACGGAGUGACCUGUGGCUCACUAACAAGCUGUGGCCCGGGAACUACGGCUACAAAGCUGCGAGAAAGGCAUGUCUGGACUCCUGCUCGCGGAUGGAGGUUGAAUAUUUUGAUUUGUACCUGAUGCACUGGCCUGAACCAAUGACACCCGGCCGUUCCAACCGGGAGGUGAGGGCUGAGACCUGGAGAGCCCUGGAGGAGCUCCACAAAGAAGGGGUGUGCCGAGCGAUCGGAGUGAGCAACUUCCUCAUCCGCCACCUGGAGCAGCUGAAGGAGGACUGCAGCGUGGUGCCGCAUGUCAACCAGGUGGAGUAUCACCCGUUCCAGCAGCCCGACUCCCUGAUCCGGUACUGCGCCGACCAGGGCAUCGUGUUCGAGGGGUUCAGUCCUCUGGCUAAAGGUCAAGCUCUCAGCCAUCCCACCGUACGCCGCAUCGCAGAGAAACACGGACGCACACCAGCUCAGAUCUGCGUCCGCUGGAGCAUUCAGAAUGGAGUGGUCACAAUCCCCAAAUCUACCAAAAAGAGCAGGGUACAAGAAAACUGUCAAGUGUUGGAGUUCCAGCUGGACGAUUCGGACAUGGCUGCUCUGGCAGGACUGCAUGAUGGGAGACACGUGUCCUGGGAUCCAACCAAUGUGGAGUAACGGGCGGCGGAGAGGGAGGGAAACUGGAGAGAUUAGACGAUCGUUCGACUUGAUCAUGAUGAUGAACACAAAGCUUAGAAUCAACACACCAACACCUUUUUUUUUAAUCAAUUACAGGGCACUUACUGAUAUUUCACCACUUUUUCUGCGUAACUUAAUAGUCUUCGUUACAUAAACAUGACUUAAGUCGUAUUUUAUAUAGAAGAAAAUGUUACUGAAGUGUAGAAAUCAGACAUUUCUAACCAAAUGAUUCUCUACAUCAGGAAAUCAUACAGUCGUGCCAUCUUUGUCACCUGAACUGAAAUGUUUGACACCCCUGACUUAGAUUUUAUAAUCUUGUUUCCACAUCUGCUGAAUGAACUUGGGAUCAUAUAGCUGAUUGCUAAUCCUGUCCUUUGGAUCAGAUGUGAAUUGUGUUGCGCUUUACAAGAAUUGUGUGCAGAAGGCGAAAUUCAAAGUGAUGCUUAAAGAUUUAUGUGCUUCUCGGCAAAACCAGACUGAAUAAAGCAGAGACGAAGCAUCCAGAGUUAGCAAUAUCAUUUAUUCUUCCCCCCUCAGCUCAGAAUCACUGUAUAAGUUACAUUUUGUUUUCUCAAUUUCACAGGAUUUUUUUUUUCUUAUCUCGCUUCAAACUUCCAGUUUGACCUCCCUCUCGUAUCAAACAAAAAAAAAAAA